AUGGACGAAUAUCAGAAAGACCAGGCAUCCCAUGGCGAUCCUAAAGAAUUAUCUACAGCUGUCAGCAACACCGAAGGGGAGAUGGUGGAAACCACAUCCAGCAGCCACCAAAAUCUCCGGCGUGAGUUCAAGUCUCGUCAGGUCAACAUGCUCGCCAUUGCCGGAGCGAUAGGCACCGGCCUGAUCAUCGGCUCGGGCCAGGGACUCGCUCGAGGUGGUCCAGCAAGCCUACUCAUCGCCUAUAUCGUCACCGGUGCUAUCAUCUACUUCACCAUGUCGGCCUUGGGUGAGAUGGCAUCAUUUCUCCCCAUGGAUCAAGGCUUCAACGGCUAUGCUACUCGCUUUGUUGACCCUGCCUUAGGGUUUGCCACGGGUUGGAAUUACUUUUUCAAAUAUGCCAUCGUUCUGGCCAACAAUCUGACUGCCGCCGGACUCAUCAUCCAAUAUUGGAGACCAGACUUGAAUGUCGGCAUCUGGGUGGCUGUGUUUGCGGUGGUCAUCGUCACCCUCAAUGUCUUUCAUGUCAGCAACUUUGGCGAAGCCGAAUUCGUUCUCUCGUCCCUCAAAAUCAUCACUCUUCUGGUGGUUAUUUUGACCUGUCUCAUCGUGGCACUCGGCGGAGGCCCUUCGGGGGAACGAACGGGGUUCCGCUACUGGAAUCAUCCCGGGGCUUUCGCAGAGUACCUCCAACCCGGUGCGCUGGGCAGAUUCCUCGGGUUCUGGGCCUGUAUGGUACAGUCGUGCUUUGCAUAUACUGGGACCGAAGUGGUGGGUGCCGCGUUCGCAGAAACACCCAAUCCUAGACGCAAUGUCCCCCGAGCCAUCCGACAAACCCUCUGGCGCAUUGGUGUUUUCUACGUUGGAGGCGUCCUUGUUCUGGGCAUGGCUGUCCCUUACGACAAUGAUAGACUGGUUGGAGCGACCAAGGCAAAGACUAGCGCAGCAGCGUCUCCUUUUGUCAUUGCCAUCCAGCUCGCAGGGAUCAAAGUCCUCCCCGAUAUCAUUAAUGCCUCCCUCUUGGUGUUUGUCAUCAGUGCGGCGAAUACUGACAUUUACGUUGGCGCUCGAACCCUCUAUUCCCUGGCCAAAGACAAACAGGCUCCACAAAUAUUUACCUACACCACAGCACGUGGUGUACCCAUCUAUGGCGUGGCAGCGACUUCAGUGUUCGCAUCGCUCGCAUUUAUGAACGUGUCGAAAGCGGCUUCGACCGUGUUCGGGUACUUUGUCAGUCUAGUCACCGUUUUCGGCACCAUCAACUGGAUCAACAUCCUCCUCUCCUAUAUCGGAUUCAGCCGCGGCAUGCAGGCUCAAGGCAUCUCCCGGGCUGAGCUGGCUUACCGAGGGCCUUUGCAACCGUAUGGCGCGUGGUUCGCCUUGUUCAUGACUGUGGUCAUCACAUUCUUCAAUGGAUAUAACGCAUUCAUACCUCACUUCACGCUCUCGACUUUCAUGACAUGCUAUAUCGGCAUUGCAGUAUACCUGGUCAAUAUCGCUGGGUGGAAGAUCACAUGGCGCACCAAAAGGGUGCGGGCCAUGCUGAUGGAUCUGACAACAGACAGGAAGAAGUUCGAGGAGGUGGCAUUACAGGAAGAGGCAGAAAGGCAAGGCAAACCCGGGAUGCUCCAGAGAAUGUUUCAUGGUGGCAGCAGCGGGACUGGCAAAUGGUCCCUAGGGUCGGCAAUGCGUCGGAGAUGA